AUGACAACUACACCCGAGGUAGUAGUAAUUCCUAGUGACGAUGAAGACGAUAGCAACAAUAACUUUUACACUAGACCAUCAAACUACGAGAGGGUUACUAACAAUAGUAAUAAUAGUUUUGGUGGCAUCUCGUAUGAAAAUUUACAUUUUUUGGGAGGGCCAACUGGUCAAGUGCCUAUUGCUGACGAAACCUCCUCUUCCCUACGUUCAUCGUCAAGUAUUAUUUUUGGGGACGCUACAAGCAGCAAUCCUCGUGAUAAUCUCUUUUUACAUCCAGCCCCGACAACUGUUAUAAAUUUGAGUGUUCCUGGCUCGCAACCGACAAGAGCUGUUAUUAACUUGGACCAAGAAGGAACGAGUAUACGUGGAGAUGAUUUCUCAAAUGGUCUUACAAUUAAUGGAAACUCAGACUCACGAUCUUCUCGUCAUCAUCAACACACUUCCGCCUUUCAUCCGUACCAAACUGUAAUAGAAUUCACCAUUCCUCGCAGCAAAUCCAAUAAUAAUAAGCCACCACCUGAAGGUCAUGUCAAUGAUUUGACAGAAACAAGUAUCGUCAUCUGUUCCGAAUGUGAUGAGCCACUCAUGUAA